UGCCACGGCUAGGUGCUGUCUACUUCCGUGUUGAUUGUGUCCUUGGCACCUUGCAAUUCCAUCCCCCUGUCACGCUACAAAACCUCAAUAAUGGCGUGUGGAGCUCUCUUCAACAAGAAAUACCGGUUGCUGCUGUUGCUGCCCUGCACUCCCAUGUUCUUUUCAUUUCCCUCCCUACUGUCUCUGGUUCUCUGCUCCUCCACUUCAGAGCAGCACACCGGCUGCUAGCUAGCCAAAGCCACUGGAUCGAACAGUCAACAGUGUGCUAGCUGCUGCCUCCUUGGUGGUGUGUGUACUUCUCCCAUGUCGCUCAUGCGAGGCGGUUUCGGUUUCUCCCCGGCGGUUGCGGCGCUGUACUGCGCUGCUCUCGUGGUGGCCGGCGGCCUCGGGAGCCGGCCGGUGCUCGGCUGCUACUCGCGCAUCUUCAGCUUCGGCGACUCGCUGACGGACACCGGCAACUACGUCCGACUGACGGCCGGCAGGAAGCCCAGCAGCCCCUACGGCGCGCCGCCGUACGGGAGGACCUUCUUCGGCCGCCCCACCGGCCGGGCCAGCGACGGCCGCCUCGUCAUUGACUUCAUCGCGCAAGAGUUCGGGCUGGCCAACGUGACGGCCAUUCAGGUGGGUGCCGGGCCGGCCGACUUCCCGCACGGCGCCAACUUCGCCAUCAUCUCCUCCACAGCGAACAACGCCUCCUUCUUCGCCCGCAAGGGCCUGGACAUCACCCCCUUCUCCCUCGACACCCAGAUGUUCUGGUUCCGCACCCACCUGCAGCAGCUCACGCAGCAGCUGAACGGCGGCGGUGGCGGCGGCGGCAGCAUCCUGAGCGACGCGCUGGUGUCGCUGGGCGAGAUCGGCGGGAACGACUACAACUUCGCGUUCAACAAGGGGGUGCCGCGCGAGACGGUGCGCGCGUUCGUGCCGGCGGUGGUGGACAAGCUGGCGGCGGCCGUGGAGGAGCUGAUCGGGAUGGGGGCGAGGGCGUUCGUGGUGCCCGGGAACCUGCCGUUCGGGUGCGCGCCGCUGUACCUCAACCGGUUCAGGGGCGCCGCCGCCAGCGAGUACGACGCCCGGACGGGGUGCCUGGCCUGGUUCAACAAGUUCGCCGAGUUCCACAACCGGGUUCUCACCGCGCGGCUCGACGACCUCCGCCGGCUGCACCCGGACGUCACCAUCGUGUACGCCGACUGGUACGGCGCCAUGACGAGCAUCUUCCAGGCCCCAGGAAAACUAGGAUUCACAAACGCGCUGGGGUCUUGCUGCGGGAACCAGAGCGUGCCGUGCGGCAAGGCAGGGUGCACCGUGUGCGAGGACCCAUCGACGUACGUCUCGUGGGACGGGACGCACCCAACGGAGGCGGUGUACAAGCUAAUCGCCGACGGGGUGCUCCACGGCCCGCACGCCUCCCCUGUCCCUCUCGCCAAGACCUGCCCGCCCACCUGACCAAACCGCUCCUCCUCCACCGGUAGAAAGAAGAUCGAUCCAUCCAUUCUUUGUGCUAUGGUUUUAUUACUUGCUCAUGGAAACAUUGUAGUACAUUGUGUAGGUGAAGUUCAAUUACAGGAUUCGUGUAGAGAAAGAGCUAGUACAAAGUUUGCAUGCUAUGAUCCAUGAUUCAAUGGACGAAUUGCAAAUUGCAUGCGUUUGGAGAAACACUUUUUUACUGAUCCCUGAAGAAGUGUAUGGCUCCUUUUAAGUUA